AUGGCCCGCCCGAGUAAAACUAUGCUCGAUUUGUUAGAAGCUUGCAGGCGGAGUAAAUUUCUGGACUUUUCACUCGACAAAACUAUUCUACGCAGUCUUAUGCUAACUUCCGUUGGUCACCAGCUAUCCAGUAAUCUGUACGCGGAAUGGAACCAAUCGGCAGUAAGCAACAGUAGUUCGGUGCCCGUUUUCUUUGGUAAAAGUAGCUUAAGUUUGAAGCAGAAUAUUGCAUUCGUUCAACAACAGAACAAAAUAACGAAGCUUCCCUUCGGCAUUACGGCAGAGCACGGUCGCAAGAAUAACCUAGUACCGAUCGGUGAUGCUUUUAUGCUGGAUCUGCCCGAAACGCUAGAACUCACGACAACUUAUCUGUUACCGACAUCGAUGGGGAAUCAGUUUCUUUAUCAGCUGCAACGACAGCGCAAGAUCUGGUGGAUGCGGUUGUCCAUCGAUCCGGGCCGGUAUUUCAUCUCCGAUAUGCGCCAAACCGAGCGCACUAACCCGACAACAUCCGUUUCUAUCUGUUGCCGGUUUCUAGACCGGUCAGAGCACAAAACUGACGUGGAGCUGGAACGGUUGGAUCUGGAGUUCUUCGAGAAUUCCAACGCCAUCGUGCGUGUUUCCAAUAACCUUCACCGCGCUAUUCUUGCCAUCCUGAUGGACGCACUGGAGGGCGCACCGUUGGAACAGUGUGUUAAGGUUCAUCGCAAAAUAGCACCUUUUAAAUGUGGCAUUAUCUGUCACAUAGAGGAUCAUUAUAUACAAGAUGCCGUCUUGCAACAGGAGUUGAUCGAUCUUUCGAAACAUCUAACCUACGUACUGCGAGCGGCCAAACUAUCCGUAUACGAUGGCUUUCACAAUCAGCCCGAAUACGUCCUUCAGUUAGCAGAACUUGAUCAAAUUGGUGUACCUUUCGCGCUGCUUCUCAACGCCCAAACUCUUCACACCGGCCUACUGCAGCUUCGAUCUCGCGAUACUACCCUCUCCGAAACUAUUCACCUGUCCGAUCUGCCAUGCUAUUUAUUAAAAAUGAUAAACGCUUAG